GCGCUAGAGGCAAAGGGCUUAACACUCCUACCUCCUCAUCAAUUCCAUGCAGUGAGGAUCUUCAUUCACAGAGUGAGCGACAGCAUUGCUGAGCAACCCAUUACUGAGAUCGUAAAGAGCAUCAACGCUCUGAAUCGAUCCCUCACAGCCAUCUCGGCCCACCUCAUCCAGCAGGGUGAGAACUCGAAGCCCACCCUCAAGGUCACCCUCAAGACUCCGGCAGAGGCUACUCUCGCGGCCGACAACGGCCUCAGGUGCUUUGGUGUGGCCUGCACACCCCACCAGAUUGCUAGGCAGCGAUAUUUCCGCCUACGCCAGUGCUUCAAGUGUUAUCAGUACACUCACUAUUCUCAUAAGUGCCUCAACCCUCAGCAGAAAUGCAGCAUCUGUGCUGGCGACCACCAUUACAGGACCUGCAAAGCCACUACCAAGCGUUGUUUACUCUGCAACGGUGACCACACAGCCGUCUUUCAAGACUGCCCCACCAGACAGGCGGAAAUCAAGAAAAUGACUGACGCCAGACCACGAAAUUCUACUACAAGAUCGAAAGCAUUCAACAUACAAGAAGAAGCCUUCCCAGCACUCCCGACAAGUGGCGCCGCGAGUGGCGCGCAACCAAACUACUGGACCUGGACGUCCUCCCGUGGCAGCCACUCAGCCCCAGACGACACCUCUCAACCAAGCCAGCCAGCCGUCCUCACUCACGCCGCCACCAGCCACCCCUGA